CAUCAACCGCACCAUGGUCAACAUUUACCGCAAGCCAGUCAAGGACAACGCACCUGCGAUAAUGCGCCACAGACCUGAAGGGUCGCGUAUCGGUGUCACCACUGUGGGCAAGGCGCUCAGUAAGGCGCAACGUAAGAAGCAGCGGGAGCAGCGAGAGCAGGCCGCCCGAGAGUGCCGCAGCUGCCUGGCAGCAACCAAUGCCGGCGCAAAAGGGCACGUCACGCUCGCAAAAUCCGAAGACGGCUCAGUGACUGGCUCGAAGCUGCUGUGUCGGCACACGUGGUGCCACGACUGCCUGCGCGAGUUCGUCGAGCGAGAGAUCAGUCAGGUGGAUAACAACCCGCACAGCGACUGCUUUCCCCUCUGCUGCCCGGAGUGCGACGCCGACGCCACACACCGUCAGCUGCCCGACGACCUCCUCGCUGCGGUGCUGCGCCGGCCUGCUCUCGAGCGGCUCAAGGCCAUGCGAGACCUCGAGCUGCGCACACGCUUCUGGUGCCCGGCGCCGCGGUGCAGCGCACUCGUCGUGCUCUACAAGGCCGAGGAUGGGCAAGAUCACCAGUGCCCCAGCUGUCACGCUCAGCUGUGCGCCAUGUGCCGGGAGAUUGCACAUCCGGACGUCAAGUGCCAGGCCAAGACGUGCGUCGAGUGCCUCGACGCCGCACACGAGGGCCUCAGCUGCGACCAGUUCCGCGACGUGCCGCUGAACGAGCGCAACGAGAUGGACCUUGCGCUGUGGCGCCUCAUCGCGGCGCACAAGUGGGCACGCUGCCGCUCCUGCCGCGCCGUCGUGGAGCGCGUGUCGGGCUGCGACACCAUGGACUGCAUCUGCGGCAAGAGCUUCUGCUACAGCUGCGGCGGCGACGGCAAGGUGCCAUGUGUCGAGCCGUGCCCGCACGCGGGCAAGACGUAGCCGCAAGCUCCUCUCUCAGCGCCAUGCGUCGUGGCUGAUACUCGUUACAUUGAAGCGUCGUCUGCCUAGUCGUCCUCAUCAUCCUCCUCCGAGCUCUCCUCCUGUAGCGUUCUGUCAGAUCGCGAACCACACUGCC